AUGGUCAACUUCAAGCAGCCUCGCGGGCCGAACACGCUCACCUCUGGCGUGGCCAGACGCGACAGGAGUGAUGUAGACGUGGGUACGUACGUGUCAGAGAUCGAUCGCGUGAUGUACGACGACGUGACGGGCUUGAGCGAAGACGGGAAACAUGUCAGACUGCGCGUGGUCCCGGAUGAAGCCGAAGACAUCGCUUCGAGCGCCAGAUACGCCGCAUACGUGCACGAAAGCGUGUCGAGUGUGAUAAAUCAGUCGUCAAUUGCCUUUUCUCGACGAGGCGCCGCUCUCGGAGGAUCAUGCAUCGCGCUGGAGGUGCGCGAGGACGUCCCGAUGGGUUGCAUUCGUUUGACAAACGCGCAGCGACACAACUUGCGCGCAGGCACGGACCGACCGAUGGAAUUUGAAGCGGUGGACGAGCGCUUGGAAGCGACGGACGUCACGAUCGAAUUACGUUUGAUGGACGACGAGGUCCGGGAGAUAACCACGCGCGUCGAGAGUGACGUCGCGAGACGCGCGCUACAAAAGUCGCUCGGGGAGAUCGGACGAGUCGUGUGUGCCACUGAGAUUUUCACGCUGUCAAUCGAAGGUCGAAACUACAGGGCGCGUAUCGCGGAAGUCAACUCUCUGAGCGCUGAGGAAGAAGCUCAUGCGGUGGGUUACCACUGCUUUCGCGCCCGCGUUCACGCGGAGACGACGUUCUACGUCCGCUCGAGCGACGAGAGCCGGUUGAUCAUCGCCAACAAUCAAGGCAAAGAACGAAGCGUGCGCCUGGCGAGGCGCGAGAUUCUUCAGGUAACGACUCGCGAUGGCGAGACGUUUCCCGUGCAUCGUUCACUGCUGAGGCAAUGCAUCUCCCUCACCGGAGCGGUUAGGCGAGCGGGAGAUCUCGGUGAUGAAUGCGAGGAACAUGUUUGCGUACAAGUUGAUGUGGACACCGACGUGUUCGAUCGCGUCUUAAUCUUUCUAGAAGCCUUGGCGCUCAGGAAGACACCACCAGCGUACGACAUUCGCGUGACCGAAGCGCUUGCUCUCGCAGCAUCGACGCUGGGAUGCAGAGUGCUCGACGAAUACUGCGCGGAGAAGCUCGGCGCGCACGCUUCUCGGAUUCGGGAGUACGCGUGGGACGAAAUCGUCGCUCACAACGCGUCUGGGGGCGUUUGGCUCGUCAUAGACGGCAUGGUCUUGGACGUGAAACGCUGGCUCCCGGAGCAUCCCGGAGGUGAUGUUAUCAUUCCGAACCAAAGUCUGAAUCUCGACGCGGCGAGGCACUUCGAGAUGUAUCACUCUUCUCGUGAAUCUUUUCUGUACCUGAAAGAGUUUUACAUCGGUGAGGUAAGCGCGCGCGAUCGCGCCGAACUCGUACCGAGUCCCGAGCCAGCCCCGAGUGAGGACUUCAUUCGACAGUUGCGACAGUACACCACGUUCCGGCUGGCGUCCGAGCCGACGGCGGUGCGCGUGCACUUGGGACAGUGA